AAUUAUUGAAAGCCUAUAAUGCCAUUAUACGAAGUCAUUGUGGUAACUAGAAUCGCCUCCGCCUACAACAUGAGGGCUAUGGCAAGGGCACUUACAGAGAGAGUCAAGGACCAAGGAGGCCGUAUCAGGAAUAUCACAAAUCUGGGAGAAAGAGUACUAAACAAGGAAGGAAAACUAGAUGAUAACACCACUACAGCUGUUGGACGCUAUCUCUCAUUCGAGAUUGAUGCUUCUCCCGAGCUUAAGGAGAAAACUUUAGAAAAUAUCCGUGGCUUUGUUGAUGUAAUCAGAGCCAAUGAGUUCAAAAUGUCUGAUUAUUCUUACCUCAAAAUGGUCCAGAGAAGACUUCUGCAUCAAACCAGUCCUUUCACAUUGGAAGAGCAGAAGGACCAAGAAGUGAUCCAAGAUUUGUAUAAUUAUAUCGAAGAUUACCAGCAAAUGAAGAAAGAGUUUAAAAAUCCUAAAGAGCACUACCUCAAACACAAAGGCAAGCUCAUGGGAGAGUUCUGGGAAAGUCCUAAAAUUGACGAUGAACAAAGAAGCUUAUCUAGAGACGGGACUGAUAAGAUGGAAUUCUACAAAAGAGAAGAAUAA